AUGGUACAAGAAAGUAUUAUCUCAUCGUUUCGGACCAAACUUGAAAACGAUCCAAGCAAAUCGACCAGCUUGGCCACUGUAGAAACACUACUCGAAGUGUUAGAUCGAAGUAGAGCAACAACCGUCGCUGAAUUCCAAAACGAGCUAAAUCAAGUUGUUGCUGCUCUCGAGAAAACUGACUACAGCUCUACAUCAAUCCGUAGUGCGGCCGAUUUGUUCACCAGAUUCACUUCUCUAGCUCCGGCUGCGCUUCUAGAUCAGCAAGAUUUCUCCCAAGUCCUUGAUCUUUAUCGCCAACGUGCACGAUCAUUCAUAAAAAAUGUACGAGGUUCGAGAGCAAAAAUUUCUAAAUGUGCACGUUUAUUUUUCACUCAUCACAUGAACAUUUUGACACACUCCUACAGCAAAGUUGUUCUCGAAACAAUUCUCGAUGCUCACAAAAGUGGAUUUCAUCUCCACAUUUGGGUCACUGAGUCACAGCCAGACGCAUCUGGAAAGCUUAUGUUCGAAGAGCUGAAGAAGAAUGGAGUUCCAACAACUCUUGUUUUGGACAGUUGUGUUGGAUACGUGAUGGAAAGAAUUCAAGCAGUUUUGGUUGGCGCUGAGGGAGUUAUGGAAACUGGCGGAAUCGUAAACAAGAUUGGAACUGUUAAUGUCUGUGUGAUAGCCAAAGCUCGUCAUGUACCAGUCUACGUUUGUGCUGAAACCAUCAAGUUUGUCCGAGAGUUUCCUCUAAAUCAAGCUGAUAUACCUCAAGAAUUCAAGUACCGAACAUCUGUCAUCGAAAAGAAUAACUUGGAAUUGGAGCAUCCUGAUGUCGACUACACUGCGCCAGAAUUCCUCACACUGAUUAUCACUGACGUCGGCGCAAUGAAACCAGAAGCGGUUGGUGAGGAACUAAUCAAAAUGUACAUUUAA